UCUCCCCGUCAUUUGAUUACUGUCCCCUUCGGGGUGACAUACGAAAAAAUUGGAACGAUACAGAGAAGAUUAGCAUGGCCCCUGCACAAGGAUGACACGCUUUCCAGAGUGGAUGCGCUCCGGCGCACAAUAUUUAUUGCUCUUUUUGCUUUUGAAUCUUCCAUGUUUUUGUCUUUCUCCAAUACACGUAACUUUGGACUACCAUACGUGCAGUUUUGCGCAUUCGGUCACCAACUCACAACGUAUUGA